AUGCCUCCCUCUUUAUUCUUCUUCCAUCGCUAUUUCUCUUCAAUCACAGCCGCAUCCCACAUCGACAUCUCCACAACGAGCCGUCAUCUCUCUUGUCGGACACAAAAUCGUCAAACAGAAAAUAUGAUGUUGGUUUGGAACGAGAGUGAGGACAAAACGUUUCUUGAUGCAUGUAUCCAUGAACUAACCACUAAUGAUCGUGAGGGUUCUAGGCUUAAGGCGAGUUUAUGGAAGACAAUACGUGAAAAAUUCAUAAAUGAACACGGUAAAGAGGUUGAUCAGAAGCAAAUGAGAAACCACUUUGACUACUACAAAUCAAAAUAUGUUGCUUGUGUGAAACUGAAAAACAAAACUGGCAAUAUAUAUGAUCCUAUAAAAAAUAAAUUUAAUCUGACCGAUGAACAAUGGAAGGAAGAGGAGAAGUUGAACAAGUUCGUGUUGUCAUUGAAAAGUAAACCCUUACUAUUCCCUGAUCUUUGCACCCAACUAUUUGAAGGCUCAACCUCAACCGGCUUUCAAAGUUGGGGGCCAUCUUCUACACUCCCUCAUCCCGUAGAAGAGUUUAGUGCCCAUGAUUUUGAUGAUGAUGUUCUAAUGGAGACCUCAACACAACACGUAGGUGUAAGUGAAGAAUCUUCUGUGUGUUCAAAAAAUAAGGAAGUUGGUGGAAACAAAAGAGUUGGUGGAAAAAAAGAGAUGCAAUGGCAUUAG